AUCUAGAAGGAACAAGCAACGUCGGAUGACUACUGAGUAGUGGUGAUCAUAUAUCACCACCCCUUUGCUACAGAAGCCUAACUGCACAUCUGGAAUCUUGUUGGACCUGGACUAUUCGGUAUCCCAAAUCAGUGGCGGAUACAUGCAUGGUUAGGGGUGUCCCGGGACACCCCUAAAAUUUGGAAACACGAUUAUUCAACCUACGAUAGUAAUUUUCGUAUGAGAAAAAAAAUGUUCAAGUGGUAGUGGGACACCUUUAAAAUUUGGAAAAAUGAUUAUCCAAUAUACCGUAGUAGUUUGCGUAUUUGUACAAACAAUAUAUAAGUAGUAGUUUAUGUGAUUUAAACUUGGGACACUGCCAUUAUUAGUUAAUAUAUUUUCAAUUACGCUACAACUCAUUUGUUAUUGUGUUUUAGAUCCAAAUAUAAUAGUAAAAUGUUAUUCUUAUCUCAAAUUAUUUUCAAAACCUAACGAUUAAACUCAAUUACGGGAUAUCCUUGUCGAGUAGGAUAUGUCGAGAGAUAUUUGUUGAGCAGUAUAAACACCGAAUGCAUUUUAUCAUUUGACGAAACACAUAUGAACUUUUAAUGAAACUUUUUAUAGUUAGAUAUUUUCAAAUUUAAUAAUUAUUUAGUUUAAUUAUAAUAUUUAAUUUAAUUUAAUUUUUUAUAGAGGACACUCCAGCGUAGAAUUCCUGAAUCCGCCACUAUCCCAAAUCUCAGGUCAACUGAAGUCCUUCUACCGUGUCUUUCAACCCUGCUCAGGUGAUAAGUAUAUCUCGAGGUUAUUCAAGUUAUAAUCUAAGUUUUCUGUUCACAUAGCAUGACGACUAAUGUGCUGCAUUUUCUGUCCAUACCCAACCAAUAGUCGAGUAAAAUAUGAAAGCAUUACCCUACUACACCUACCCAACAAAUAUCAAACUCAUAUAUUUGUUGGGCAUACGACUCGGAUCCCGCCGCGCCAAGGAAACACCGACGCACCGACACCAGAGGAGUUGGGCGCGUUAGUGCCGAUGCGACCAGAAAGGCACACCGGCGAGCGCCACUACCAAGAGAGUCGGGCGCAUCAGCACCGACGCGACCAAAGAAACAGCCCGAACACCAAACGACGACGUUCGAGUCCAGCGUUGACCAAAUCAGCGAGUGUGGGGAAAUGACGCCGCGUCCCACCCGAUGAGUGGUCACAUCAUAGUCCUAGUCUUAGGUAUACUAAAAGACUAAAUGUGAGCUAUGGUCUAGUCCUCUGACAUGUCAGUAGUCAUGUCACCAUGUAACUCACCCACCACCGUGUAGCCUAUAAAUAGGGCAUUUACUCCGGUGGGUGAGGGGAUGGGAUUUUGGAAACUCUAUCUCUAAACAAAGAACAAACUUCUCUCUCUAAAAGUCCCUCUCUCAACUCCAUUCUUCCUUCCUUUCCUUCCUAAGUUCCAGGCUGAUUCCUGUUGCUCAUUCUCCUCAACCUUUUCCCGCGAAUCUCACUCCUACACUCAGUUAGGUUCAAACAAUUGGCGCCCAACGUGGGGCUGAGUAGAACAGCAGCAGAAAUCCAACCAAUGGCACACCCACGGAGAGGAAAAUAACACCCUCAAAAGUCCAAGCUUAGUAGAAAGUGCCGCGCGCAGAAAUCAAACAACCAUCAGCCCAAAAAAAUCUCCUGAGAAUCAAGCAGACCUGAGUCAAUCGCGCGGAAAUCGAAUGGCGUAGUCUUAAAAAGCUCACGAAGAUCGCGCGGAAAUCAAAAGACGUCAAUCCUAAAACGCUCACGAAGAUGACGCAGACGCGAGACAAUCGCGCGGAAGUCAAACAUGCGGUAUUCGUGGAACACCCCCUGAUGGGGGGCAAUUGUUGGGCAUACGACUCGGAUCCCGCCGCGCCAAGGAAACACCGACGCACCGACACCAGAGGAGUUGGGCGCAUUAGUGCCGACGCGACCAGAAAGGCACACCGGCGAGCGCCACUACCAAGAGAGUCGGGCGCAUCAGCACCGACGCGACCGAAGAAACAGCCCGAACACCAAACGGCGAUGUUCGAGUCCAGCGUUGACCAAAUCAGCGAGUGUGGGAAAACGACAUCGCGUCCCACCCGAUGAGUGGUCACAUCAUAGUCCUAGUUCUAGGUAUAAUAAAAGACUAAAUGUACUUGUCCUAGGUAGAGGUAUGGUCUAGUCCUCUGACAUGUCAGUAGUCAUAUCAACAUGUAACUCACCCACUACCAUGUAUCCUAUAAAUAGGGCAUUUACUCCGCUGGGUAAGGGGAUGAGAUUUUGGAAACUCUAUCUCUAAACAAAGAACAAACUUCCCUCUCUAAAAGUCACUCUCUCAACUCCAUUCUUCCUUCCUUUCCUUCCUAAGUUCCAGGCUGAUUCCUGUUGCUCAUUCUCCUAGACCCUUUCCCGUGAAUCUCACUCCUACACUCAGUUAGGUUCAAACAAUUGGCGCCCACCGUGAGGCUGAGUAGAAAAGCAGCAGAAAUCCAACCAAUGGCACACCCACGGAGAGGAAAAAAACACCCUCAAAAGUCCAAGCUUAGUAGAAAGCGUCGCGCGCAGAAAUCAAACAACCAUCAGCCCAAAAAAUCUCCUGAGAAUCAAGCAGACCUGAGUCAAUCGCGCGGAUAUCGAAUGGCGCCAGUCCUAAAAAGCUCACGAAGAUCGCGCGGAAAUCAAAAGACGUCAUUCCUAAAACGCUCACGAAGCUCACGCGGACCCGAGUCAAUCGCGCGGAAGUCAAACAGGCGGUAUUCGCGGAACACCCCCCUGAUGGGGGGCAAUUGUUGGGCAUACGACUCGGAUCCCUCCGCGCCAAGGAAACACUGAUGCACCGACACUAGAGGAGUUGAGCGCGUUAGUGCCGAUGCGACCAGAAAGGCACACCGGCGAGCGCCACUACCAAGAGAGUCGGGCGCAUCAGCACCGACGCGACCGAAGAAACAGCCCGAACACCAAACGACGACGUUCGAGUCCAGCGUUGACCAAAUCGGCGAGUGUGGGGAAACGACGCCGCGUCCCACCCGAUGAGUGGUCACAUCAUAGUCCUAGUCCUAGGUAUACUAAAAGACUAAAUGUAUUUGUCCUAGGUAGAGCUAUGGUCUAGUCCUCUGACAUGUCAGUAGUCAUGUCACCAUGUAACUCACCCACCACCAUGUAGCCUAUAAAUAGGGCAUUUACUCCAGUGGGUGAGGGGAUGGGAUUUUGGAAACUCUAUCUCUAAACAAAGAACAAACUUCUCUCUCUAAAAGUCACUCUCUCAACUUUAUUCUUCCUUCCUUUCCUUCCUAAGUUCCAGGCUGAUUCCUAUUGCUCAUUCUCCUCGACCCUUUCCCGAGAAUCUCACUCCUACACUCAGUUAGGUUCAAACAAUUAUCAAUACUCUACCCAUAAUCAAUAAACUUACUUUGUUUAAAUAAAAUUAUUAUUUCGCAAUUGUCAUCCCUACCGCGGUUGCCUUCUCAUCGUUGGCAUUUCCAAUUCCUCCAUUAUAUGGAGAAGACAAAUAAAAAAUAUUAAUUGAUUAUUGAAGCUACAUGUCGUAUGCAAUUUGGAUAUGAUGUAAGUUGUCUGUAACUUUAUAUGCAUGAUUGCAUUUGGCCUUGUGCAAGUUUAUAUUAUUAGGUGAUUGAUACGGUUAAAACUAAACAAAUUUCGAUUUGGUAUUAAAAAAAAAUUAACCACACUGCGUACAAUAGAAACUUUAUCUUAUUUUGGCAACCUGUAAAUUGGCCUUCUCCUAUAUAACAGAGAAAUAUUAGGGUGAAGACUUCUCCAUUUUAGUACGUACCAUCGGGGCAGGUAAUUAACGGACUUCAUUUUCAGUACCCGUUUAAUUAAUUGCAGUGAUGGCUACGGAUCUAAUUGUAUAUAACUAGAGGAGUACACGGACCUCUUACUCUUACAUGGAGACUAUUUUUUAUAUAUAGGUAUCAAUCAAAAUUGUUUAGUUUUUCCAACAUAGAUAACAACUGAAUUAAUUAAAUUUUUCCUGCUUACAUUUUCUUUUGUAUAUUUUUCUUUUUUAUUUUGUACAAUUUUUUCUUCUUUUUUUUUCAAUAUUUCGAUUUUGCAUACUUUAAAUCUUGACAAACGUACCAUUUAAUUAUAAACACCGUUACGUACCUCCGGGAACACUUUACCGUUAGGCUAUCUUACCUACGAUCUUUUAAAGUUUAGUUUUACUUAGUCUUAUGUUGAUUCAUCUGUAUUCAGCCUACGUUCAAGAGGAAAUGUUUUAUUUCUUGUGAUUUAUGUUGAUGAUAUGAUAUUGGCCAAUGAUAGCUUGGAUAGGAUUAGAUAUGUUAAAGGAUAUGGCUUUAUGGAGAAUUCAAAGUGAUGGAUCUAGGUGAAUUGAAGUAUUUCCUGAGACUGAGAUACACAGAAGUGAGGAUGGAAUCUCUCUUAACUAGAGGAAGUUAUUAUCUUUGGAAAUGCUAGCCAAUGCAAGUUUUCUCAAUAAACUAACUUAAUGUAUUUGAAUGUUGAUUCAAGAAACAUAAAACAAAGUGGGUUGAGGUGCCGUUGAAUUCGAGAUCAUAAGCUAUUAUGCAAACAAAGAAGUGAACAAAGAGCAAUGCAAGGGAUGCAAACGGGUAAAGCAAGUAAAAAGAUUACUUAGAUAGUGUUCUCUGGAUGAUCAUGCAUACUAACUCAUCAAUGAGAUACUUCUAUGCAUCAUCUAUUAUGAUGCCCUAUUCCUUCCUCUAAGACCACUCUCUACAUGUGCAUGCGCCUCUUGCGAUAGAGAUUUGACUAGCCAAUGCAUGCUUUCGCUUCAUGCAUCACAUAAUCAAUGAAAAGCAAGGAAGUUAGGAUAACACAUGAUUAAGAGUGGCCCUAUACGAGCCAAAAUCGAUGGUCUAUAUCAUCGAGGAUCUAUAUUAUCAAGCAUCAUCUAAAGAUGGUGCCUACUAUACGAGAUUAGUUUCCUUGUCUCCCAUAAUAGUAGUAUAAACAAUAGUAUAGAAGCAUAUAAAAGAAUUCACACACAUAGAUUCACUAAAGCAUUGAAUGAACGAACAAUAUAUGAUACAAUCAUAAAUCAACUCAAGCAUCGAUGGUAAAGACAAUGAAUCACAAUAGGCAUCAUCAUUGGAUCAUCGAACGUAAUACAUGAAGCAUCUUAGAGUCACUUCCCUAAACAAUUUUAAGCUAGAUAUUUAUAGGAGAAUAGGAAGACAUCACCAAUGAUACAUGCUUGAUGGUGAAGACUUCUCAUCGAACUCCAGUACGGCUUCUCCUCCUUUCUAUGGAUCUAUAACUCGAACCCCUAGACAGAGUGCUGGCAAAAGGCGUAUCUAGAAGUUCUAGUCUAGCUUCCUAUUUAUACUAGUUACAUGAGGGGGUUUUCUAGUCUUUUUCCUCCUAAAUUUGGCCAAAUCCUUCAUUUUACAACUUGAAUUCAGAUUUCUUCGACUUGGGAACGAAGUAACUUCUUCAGGAUGCUUCCUCAAGGAUUUGGCUUUGAGUGGCAGGGGUGCGGCAAUUGGUGUUGACGCCACCUCUUCCACAAAGUUGGGCGUGUUUCGGCUUAUGUAGCUUUGGUUGAACCUCGGUCAUUGUUGGGUUUGCUUCACUAUCUGAUCUGCUUAUUUUGGAAAUAAAGUGAGCAUCUGAUG